AUGAGUCAAAUAAAAAACACGCGCACAAGAAAGGAUAACACAGAAAAAGUACCCGAUAAAGAUAAAAUGGAAGCCACUGAAACUAUUUCAAAUACAAUUAUUUACCAAAAACUGAACGAAAUGCAGAAAAGUCUAGAAUUCCUCUCAGCAAAAUUUGAUGAAAUGCAAAACGAAAAUAAAGAACUGAAAAAGAUACUGAAAACCCAAGAUAAAGAUAACAAAAUGUUAAAAGAAAGACUAGAAGCCCUUAAAAAAAUUGUUGAAAGUCAGGAGAGAGAAAAAAUAGAAAACAAUAUAGUUAUUAGUGGAGUAGAUAAAAUAGAUCAAAAUGAAAAUACAAAAGAAGUUGUAACGAAAAUAUUACAACAAAUGAGUUGUAACACAAGUACCAUUGCAAAUAUACAAAACUGUUACCGAAAAAAUUCAAAUAACGAGAACAACCCAAUCAUAAUCACACUAAACAACAAGCAAUCAAAAAUUAAUAUUUUGAAAGCACGAAAAGAAAUUGGAUCAUUACAAACAAGAGAAUGUCACAUUAAAGGAAGGAACAGCGAUAUAUUCAUAAACGAUCACCUAACAACUUUAACCGGGAAAAUAUUUUACGCUACUAGACAGCUAAAGAAAGGGAAGAAAAUCAGAUAUACAUGGAUUCGAGACGGUAACGUAUAUAUCAGGAAAACAGAAACAAGCGAAAAAAUAAAAAUCAAACAGUUUACAGAUAUCGAAAAAUUAGACCAAUAA